AUGGCGGGUAGCUGCGGCUCCAAGGCCGAAGUCAUUGUCGGAGGGAAAUAUAAACGGCUAUGGAAGAUGGGGUCUGGCUCCUUCGGGGACGUUUACGUGCCCAUCAACAUUACCAGCGGCGAGGAAGUGCCAGUGAAGCUAGAAUCUCAAAGCCGGCAUCCCCAGUUGCUGUACGAGAGCCAACUCCCUGAGAUUCUUCAAGGCGGGGCUGGCAUCCGCCACAUACGGUGGUGUGGUCCGGAAAAAGAUGUGGGUCUUCUCAGACCCAGCCUCGAAGACCUCUUCACUUUCUGUUCAAGAAGGUUCACAACGACAGCUCUACGUACGUUAGCUGACGAGAUGACCAGUAGAAUUGAGUGUGUGCAUGCAAAGGAUUUUAUACACAGAGACGUGAAACCAGAUAACCGCCUAAUUCACUGUAACAAGUUGUUCCUUAUUGAUUUUGAUUUGGCCAGAAAGUAGAGAGACAACAGGAGAAGGCAACACAUACCGUACAGAGAAGAUAAAAAUCUCACCAGCACUGCCUGCUGUGCUAGCAUCGGCGCGCGUCUUGAUAUUGAACAGAGUCGUCGAGGUGACAUGGAAUCAUUAGGAUAUAUUUUGAUACCUUUGAAUAGAACCAGCCUGCCCUGCCAAGGACUAAAGGGAACAAAAAAAGCAAAACUUGAAAAGACAAGUGAAAAGAUGUCCACUCCUGUUGAAGUUUUAUGUAUUCCUGCAGAAUUUGCCAUGUACUUAAACUGUUGUCGUGGGCUGCGCUUUGAGGAAGCCUACACGUAUCUGAGGCAGCUAUUCCGCAUUCUUUUCAGGACUCUGAGCCACCAAUGUGACCACACAUUUGAUUGGACACUGUGAAAGCAGAAAGCGGCACAGCCGGCAGCCUCUUCAGGUGCGCAGGGUCAGCAGGCCCAAACCCCCACAGGUCUUAAAGAUGAGAAGUUGGAUCCACUGAGUUAGUAUGUUUCUUUGGAAAAAAAAUUGU